AUGAACAACCUCCAAAUAUCCCCCUUCAUCGCCUCCCUCCCCAAAGUCGAACUCCACAUCCACAUCGAAGGCACCCUCCAGCCUCUCCUCCGCUGGACCCUCGCCCAACGCAACAACAUCCCCCUCAAAUUCAAAGACCAAACCUACACCACCUACGACGAGCUCCUACAAUCCUACAAAGUCACAUACAACCACCGCCCCGAGCUAGGCGGCCGCAAAGAUGUGCCCACCUUCCUGGAAGCCUACUUCGCGGGCUGCGAGGUUCUCCUCAAAGAACAAGACUUCUACGACCUAGCCAUGGACUACCUCAAGCGCUGCCAGGCCAUGAACGUGCGGUACGUCGAGCCCUUCUUCGACAUCCAGGCCCACACGCGAAGGGGAGUGGCGGCAGAUGCCGUCCUAAACGGCUAUCUGAGAGCGCAGAGGGACGGCGCAGAAAAGUACGGCGUCAAGUCCCAGUGGAUAUUCUGCUUCCUGCGAGAUGAACCCGUUGAGGAUGGCGAGGCCGCAUAUCAGACUGCCUUGCCGUGGGCGACGUGUAAAGGUGGACAUGGGCUAUUCCACGCGGUAGGACUGGCGAGCAAUGCGUUUGAACGACCGCCUGUUUUGUUUAAGGAUGCUUUUGCGCGUGCCAAGGAGGAUGGGUUGCAUAUCACGACGCAUUGCGACUUUGGGCAGAAGGAUACGCAUGAGCAUAUUCGUCAGGCGAUUUUUGAUGUUGGUAUCGAGAGGAUCGACCAUGGAUUGGAUGUUCUUGAUCGAGAGGAGCUGGUGGAAGGUUUGAAGGCAAGGGGUGUUGGCUUGACGCUCUGUCCGCAUGCGUAUCAUCGACGGACGGCGACGGAGGUGCUGUUUCCUAAGUUGCGGCAGCUGCUGGACAGGGGUGUCAAGUACUGUAUUAACAGUGAUGAUCCUGUGUAUAUGCAUGAUGUGUGGAUUGAUGGGAAUCAGGAAAAGACGUAUCAUUACGGUGGGCUGUCCAAGGCAGAAAUGGUGCAACUGGCGAGGAAUGCUGUGGAUAUGUGUUGGGCUGAUGAACAGACUAAGAAGGAUAUUUACACAGAGUUGGAUACUAUUGAUACUAACUAG